GAGCGCAACUUUAGCAAAGGAUCGUAGCGCAAGAGUAACGCGGUCUGUCUGAAGUUUUAGAGGCUAUAGCCUAAAGAUAUUAGCCGGUCUGCGAUUAUUAGUCGGCAUGAAUACGGUCAAGGCUAUGAAAAAUGCAAUUGUCUGUCUUAUUUUACUGCCUCGCUUCUUCUUGGCAGCGAUAAUGCUGUGGUUUCUCGAUUUUCAUUGCGUAAGAAAGAGGGUCUUCCCCAAAAUGAAGGAACAAGAAGGAAAUAUUGUCGACCCCCCCGUAUGUAUUUCCGAGUCUAAUCGAAUGUUCAGCUGGGAGUCAAUCAAAGCCGUUUGGCAUGGCCAUAAACUGGACUUCUUAAAAUCGGCGCACCUUGGAUAUGUAGCGCCCAACACUGAAGUUGUGCAGCUCCGCGACCAGAGAUGCAACCGGAUUCUUGACUAUGCCAAAGAGAAGAGACCGCUCAUUCUAAACUUUGGCAGCUGCACCUGACCACCGUUCAUGACACGCUUGAAGGCGUUCCAGCGUGUUGUGCAGCAAUACGCUGAUAUCUCAGACUCUGUCGUUGUGUACAUAGAGGAAGCGCACCCGUCGGACGGAUGGAUGAGCUCUGACGCUCCCUACCAAAUUCCCAAACACCGCUGUCUCGAGGAUAGACUCAGUGCCGCUCAAAUAAUGAACCGUGAGGUCCCUGGGUGCCUUGUUGUCGCAGACAGCAUGGAUAACUCGUCCAACGCCGCAUAUGGAGCAUAUUUCGAUAGACUUUACAUACUUCAAGACGGAAAGAUUGUCUACCAAGGAGGUAGAGGGCCGGAGGGAUACCGCAUCUCUGAGCUGAGAGACUGGCUAGAUCAAUACAGACAAAGUGUUGGAAAUUCAAGAAAUGUCGUUAUUCAUGUCUAGAGUUUUAUAACAUUUUAGGCGUCAACAUUAAAUAAGUUAUGUCUCUACACAUUUCAUACACUGCAACUUUUCAAGAGUUGCGGCUCCAAUAACGUGUCACAUGGACACACAAGCAUUUUCACUUGUGUUGUUUACUAGUGAUGUAUGUGUAGGCCUAUCCCAAAGGUUGCAGAAUUGCCUGUUUUAGUUCUAGUUAUUAUUUUGACCGUGGACAUCUCAACAUAUUACGUCUAUAGACGAUCGCCUGCAAGCGUUUAUUUGUUCUGUGUUCCCAUAUUUGUCAUGUUCUCUUUAUGCGAAUGUUUGUGUGGAAAGUGUGAGUAAAGUAGGGUUUGCCAUGACCAAUUUAUUGCCAGUAUUUUUGUGAAGUUCGGUUUUUAAAAGGUACCUCACCAGAAAACCGAUACUGAUGUUUUAAUGCUGAAGAUAAUGAUUGUGUGCAAUAUCUUUUUACUUGUAUUUUUGGUUUUGUAAAUAUGGUUAACUUUUUAUGGAGAUACUUUUAUAAUAAAAUGUCUUGUUCUAUACUCUGGAAAAUAACUAUUUAAAACAUUUCGCUCAUUGCUGAAGGUGAAUUCAUUUAGGAUGAUGUGUAGGGUAUUAAUUUAGCAUGCUUUAUCUGCAUGGAAUAACUUUUAAAAUUAUGGUAAGGUAAUUACUGAGUAGAUAGCCUAUAGCCUCUAGCAACAGGCUUCCUCCCUUGUGCGCAAUAGACUGUGGAAAACGCGGUUACUGGGUAAACCACACAUUUCUUUGAUAAAAACAUUAAGAACACCUUCCUAAUAUUGAGUUGUUUUUCCCUCAGAACAGCUUCAAUUCGACGGGGCAUGGACUCUAGAAGGUGUCGAAAGCGUUCCACAGGGAUGCUGGCACAUGUUGACUCGAAUGCAUUCCACAGUUGUCAAGUAAGUUGGUUGUCCUUUGGGUGGUGGACACGGGAAACACACAGGAAACUUUUGCAGCCUUGCAGUUCUUGACACAAACCAGUGCGCCUGGCACGUACUACCAUACCCUGUUCAAAGGCACGUCAAUCUUUUGUCUAUUCCAUUCACACUCUGAAUGGCACACAUACACAAGCCAUAUCUCAAUUGUCUCAAAUCUUCAAAAUCCUUCUUUCAUUAACCUGUCUCCUGUUUGUCUACACUGAUUUGAAAUGGUUUUAACAAGUGACAUUAAAAAGGAUCAUAGCUUUCACCUGUUUUCACCUUGUUAGUCUAUGUCAUGGAAAGACCAGGUGUUCAUAAUGUGUUGUACAUUCAGUGUACAGUAACCUGUGCAAGCUGUUUUGUUUUUAUAAA